AUGGCUUUUAAGAACGAAUUUCCAAUCCUCAAAUGCCACUUCAAAAAGUUUCCUUCCUCAAGACAAAAGACAAAAUCUUGGACCAGCAAAGACAUUAGAUUCUUUGAUGGGGUUGUAUUUGAUAACGAGACUGGUGUAGUGACAAAACUAGACCUACAUGGUGCAUGUCUCAGUGGCAGUCUCAGUGCUAAUAGUAGCCUUUUCAGAUUCCACCACCUCAGGUACCUCGAUCUCUCUCACAACUACUUUGACUCGUUUUCAUUCCUCCCCGAACUUGGCAAACUCACAAACUUAGAUGUCUUGGAUCUUUCUAAUAUGGGCUUAGCCGGUGAAAUUCCAUCCUCAGUCAGUACCCUAAACGGUUUAAAGGAUUUGUUCCUUUCAGAUAACGAGCUUAUCGGUAGUUUUUCCCCGGUAUACAAUCUAACAAGACUCUCUUCCUUUAAUCUUUCCAGUAAUCUCUUUUCUGGAAACGUUCCUUGUUCUCUACUCACCAUGCCUUUCCUGUCAACUCUUGAUUUGAGCCAAAACCAUCUCAUCGACUCUCUUGAUAGUAUGAAUUGCUCUUCAUCAUCUAAUCUUGAAACUUUAUACCUUAGCCAUAACCGUCUCAGUGGUCGAGCCCUAGAGCCUCUCUCAAAAUUAUCUAACCUCAAGCAACUCUACCUAUCUUUUCAGAACACAACCGACCCAUUUAAUGUCGUCUCGUUGGGCUUCAAGUCUUUAGAGAUUUUGUAUCUUUCCGGAACUGCUAUAUCAAGGCUUGAUACCGGAUCACCAAAUUUGAAGGAACUAUACUUGGACAACUGCAGCAUCAACGAGUUCCCCACAUUUAUUAAAAGCCUACGGAAGCUGCGUUAUUUGGAAAUUUUAAACAACAGACUCAAAGGAGAAGUGCCUAAAUGGUUAUGGGAUAUGCCUUCUUUGAAUGCAUUAUUAAUGUCUCACAACUCUCUUGAUAGCUUUGAAGGCUCGCCAAAAAUGCUUCUCAAUUCGUCGCUUAGAGCGUUAGAUCUGAGGUCAAAUGCUUUUCGAGGAUCUCUUCCUAUAAUUUCACCGAGAUUGAGUUACAUGCUUGCAUCAAAUAAUAGUUUUACAGGAGAUAUACCUCUUUCAUUGUGUAAUCAAAGCUACCUAAGUGUCCUUGAUCUAUCACACAACAACUUCACUGGUUCAAUUCCCCGAUGCUUGAGUAAAUCAGUAUUUGAUUUGGACCUCCGAAACAACAAUUUUAUUGGGAGACUUCCAGACAUAUUCGACAAAGGUUGCUCACUAAAAUCACUUGACGUUAGCCACAAUCAAAUAACUGGGAAGCUUCCAAGGUCUCUUAUAAAUUGUACCCACCUAGAGUAUCUAAACGUGGAGGGUAAUAGAAUCGCUGACACCUAUCCGUUUUGGCUGAAAGAACUACCAAAGUUACAAGUCAUUGUACUACGAUCAAAUAUGUUCCAUGGUCCUAUAUAUUCCCCUCAUCAUCCUCUAUCAUUUUCACAACUGCGGAUAGUUGACAUAUCGUGUAACAAAUUCACCGGAAGACUACCACAAGAUUAUUUUGUCAAUUGGAGUAAACUUUUGCUCGGUAUUCAUCAAGAGGAAAGAGAGUCGAUGUACAUGGGAAAUAAUUACCAUUAUGGUUAUAACUUAUAUGUUUAUUACCCUUCCAUGUAUUUGAGAAACAAAGGAAUAAACAUGGAGCUGAAAAAGAUUUUUGUGGCCUACACAGCCAUUGAUUUCUCAGAAAACAAACUUGGAGGACAGAUUCCAGAAUCCAUAGGCCUUUUGAAGUCUCUUAUUGUACUCAACCUGUCCAACAAUGAUUUUACUGGUCAUAUUCCAUCCUCUUGGGCUAAUCUCACAAGGCUCGAGUCGCUAGACCUAUCUCGGAACCAACUCUCUGGAAAAAUCCCGCAGGAGCUAGCAACCCUCUCGUUCUUGGAGUACAUUAACAUAUCACAUAAUAAACUCACGGGCCCAAUACCACAAGGCACACAGAUCGGAGGACAGCCCAGAUCAUCUUUUGAAGGGAAUCUCAAUCUUUGUGGUCUUCCUCUGAAGAGUUGCUUCGGGGACAAGAUACCAUCAACACCAGAGGCAGAAGAGCCAAGACCUCAAAAGCAAGAACAAGUGUUGAACUGGAAAGCAGCGGCAAUGGGAUACGGACCUGGAAUCUUGUUUGGACUGGCGAUUGGACAAAUCCUUUAUUCGUACAAACCGGUGUUGUUCUACAAGUUGUUUCGCAUUUGAAAUGAAGUUUUUUUUUUUUUAAUUUAGUUUUGUAGAAUUAAGUGGUAAGCUUUUUGUAACACUUCCAACUUAGAUAUGUAUUUGUGUGUUUAUAAAAAAAGAUAUGUGUGAGUGAUCAUGAAAUGAAUACUAUGAAAGUAAGCUGUAAGUAGGUUUUUCUUUUCUUUUUUCCUG